CUUAGGUGGGGGGAAACUCCCCUACAGUUGCACAACUGGUGGCCAUGUUAGGUCGGGGUCCUCCAGUUGCGUGAGCAAUUGGUGACGUCCACCCCUCGGACCCGCCGACGCCUCUCCUCUCCUCACCGACUCCGCCCGUGCCCCGCGGACGGACGAUGUCGGCGCUUCGCUACGCGGGCCUGGACGACACGGACAGCGAGGACGAACUGCCGCCGGCCUGGGAGGAGCGGUCGACGCCGGACGGAUGGAUUUACUACGUCAAUCACGCAGAGCAGAAGACCCAGUGGGACAACCCCAAGACUGGCAAACGCAAGAAGGUGGCUGGAGAGCUCCCGUACGGGUGGCAGCAGCUCGUGGACGCCAAGGGCCAAGUCUUCUUCACGGACCACAUCAACGGGCGCACGACGUUCGUGGACCCGCGCCUCGCGUUCCCCGUGGAGGAGCCGGGGGCUGCUCGCUCCUCCUCCACCGCGUUCCGUCAGCGCUUCGACGGCAGCAGCACGGCGCUCGACGUGCUGCAGGGUCGCGACCUCAGCGGCGUCGUCGCGCUUGUCACCGGCGCCAGCAGCGGGAUCGGCUUCGAGACGUCGCGCUCUCUCGCCCUGCACGGAGCGCGAGUCUUCCUAGCGUGCCGGGACGCCGCCAGGGGCGCCCACGCCACACAGCUCAUCACCAGCGAGUGGCCCCAGGCUCAGGUGGACGUGCUGCCGCUGGACUUGUCGUCGCUGCGCAGCGUCCGGGAGUGCGCCGCCAGCUUCAUCUCCCAGCGCCUGCCCCUGCACGUGGCGGUGUGCAACGCCGCCGUCUUUGCGGCGCCCUGGAGCCUCACGGAGGACCUGCUGGAAUCCACCUUCCAGGUGAACCACCUGGGCCACUUCUACCUACUGCGCCUGCUACAGGAGACGCUGGUGCGCUCGGCGCCGGCGCGGGUCGUGCUCGUCUCGUCCGAGUCGCACAGGUUCCCCGAGCUGGACGGCGCCGGCUUCCGCGUGGAUCUGUCGCGCCUGUCGCCGGCGUCGCGCUCCGACCACUGGCCGGCGCUCGCCUACAACCGCUCCAAGCUGUGCACCCUGCUCCUGGCACUGGCGCUGCACGUGCGCCUCUCGCCGCUGCACGUCGCCACCCACGCCGUGCACCCGGGCAACAUGGUGCCCACACGCCUCGCUCGCCACUCCUGGGCCUACCGCCUCCUCUUCCAGCUCGCCCGCCCGUUCACCAAGUCCCCGCAGCAGGCGGCGGCCACGGCGGUUUACUGCGCGACGGCGCCCGAGCUGCACGGCGCCAGCGGCAUGUACUUCAACAACUGCUGCCGCUGCCUGCCGUCCGCCGCCGCACAGAGCGAGGAGCUGGCGCGGGACCUCUGGGAGCUCAGCGAGCGCCUCGUGAGCGAGCGGAUGGGGCCGCUGCCGCCCGGAGGCAGUGCCUGAUGCGGCGGCCAGGUCUGGGGAAUCGUUGCGUUGAUCAAUAUUUGUUGUUGUUGUUGUCUACUUUAAUUUUGUAUUAUUUCACUUUUUGCAAGUGUUCCGGCAUUAAAAAAUACGCAGACUGGCGCAGCGGGUGGU